CUUGAUAAUUUUUACGCCUUCGAGGCUGGCGGUGAAAUCCAGGUCAUCUCCGCCGGAUCACCAGCCGACACGGCUCAAGCUUCUGCUCUCCGCGGAUACACAGUGCCAUUUGCUGAUUCCGUUUUUGAGAGUGAGCUUGUUGUCUGAAGAAUGAUUUCGGGCACGCUGAUUACCAUGCUGUUACACUGAGAAGAGUUUAUCCACACAGGACAAGCAGCAGAAACUACACAUUGCCUACGUAAUCCAGCUAUCAAGCACCUGCUCUCAAUUAAGUACCUGUCUGAAUAUUUCUCUCUCCCACACACACACACACACACACACACACACACAGCUAUGGCUGGCUGGCUCUGGUUGGGAGGGUAAUUGGUGUGCUGGUUGCCCUGGCAACCCCACCCUGAUCCCCGUUGAAAAGAGCCCUACUGUCACAGAAGACCCAUGAGGUGAAAAUGGCAGCACGGUGGCUGUUCGGCCCCCAGGAGCCCUCAGACAAUUCGAGCCAAUAACGUGGGCACGCACACGGGCAGAGCGGCGGUAGCAGUAUGCAGGAGGCUGACCUACCGGCCACCAAUGCUUUCACAGAGUGCAGAUUCCUGUGCACUAACGGCAGAUGUCUGAACCUGGACUCGCAGGUCUGUGAUCAGCUCAACCACUGUGGAGACAACAGUGAUGAGGAGCACUGCCCCAUCUCCACCCAGCAUCCUGCAUCUGCCAUCUUCAGCUCUGAACUGGAGUUUGUGCAGAUUGUGAUCAUUAUUGUCGUGAUGACUGUGAUGGUCGUGGUGGUCGUGUGCCUCCUGAACCACUAUAAACUCACCACCUGGUCGUUCCUGAGCCGGGCGAGUCAGGCACAGAGUCAGGACCUUUCUCUGCAGCCGGAGGGUUCUUUGUGGCCAUCAGAUAAUGGGCUGAGACAAGGGGCAUCUGAGGUGGUGUACGCACCUCAGCUAAGGGAUCGUUUUACCGCUCCCACUUUCAUGCAGCAUAACCGCUUCAGACGUUUCCAGCCCACUUACCCAUACCUGCAGCAUGAGAUCGAUCUGCCACCCACUAUCUCACUGUCGGACGGAGAGGAACCUCCACCAUACCAGGGUCCCUGCACACUGCAGCUAAGAGACCCUGAACAGCAGCUCGAGCUCAACAGAGAGUCUGUGCGUGCCCCUCCCAACCGGACCAUCUUCGACAGCGACCUCAUUGACAUGCAUGGUUCAGGGGCUGGCAGUGGGCCACGCCCUCCCAGUAGCAACUCUGGGAUCAGUGCUACCAGUUACAGUACCCAUGGACGCAUGGAGGGCCCGCCACCUGCUUACAGUCAAGUCAUCGGAGAGAACUCGGGCAUAGUACUUUACCUCCACCAGCACAGCAAUAACCCGCCUGUCUCUGUCACUGUGCAGCCUCCGUCCAGGGGCAGGACAGAUCAGAGCAGCCCAGAUAGCACAAUAGCACUGAGCAAGAACAGACAGAGGGAGGAGCUUGUGUGAGAGGGGUGAGGCUAGCACACGAUUGGAAAUUGCUCUCACUCUCCACCCAUAAGGAAAGGGGUUCUCCCUCUAGACACUCCCGUUCAGAACAAAGCUUAAUGGGUCUUGGCAACACAAGCUAAACCGUUUGUUAAAAAAGUAACAAAGUGGAGCUGAGCGUACUAAAGAAUCAUUUCUUUUUUUUGUCAGACCAGCUGCGCUAACACUGCGGUUUAUGCACUGCCUGCAGUCUCCCACAUUUGUUGUUUUUGUAUUACUUGUGUAUAGCCUACAAUUAAGAAAAAUAUUCUAGCACAAGGCAAGCUUUUAGUUGUUGUUUUUGUUUUUGUUGGUUUCGAACGUCCCUCUUGAACGUCCCCUCCUACCCAAGCCACACUAGCUGUGUGGAUAAGAAUUUCUUUUGUAAAGACCGAGAUCUGUGCUGCAUUAACUAAACGUACAUGCGGAAAAAUGGUGAAAAUCCAAAUCCUAGUGCCAAGGUUUAUGUAGAAGGUGACAUGGGGCUUGACUGUCUUAAAGACUUGUUCAACACUUAAAUCAAAACCCUUCUAUGAAAUUUGCACUACUGUUAAUGUUGAUCAGAGAAAUUUAGGGGGGGGUGGGGGGUGUAUGUCUACUGUUUGUAUGGUUUAUUUUCAUGUAGAUCUGAUCAUAUGCUUCAAUGCAAGCUCUCUAUGGUAGGGAAGUGAUCUAGUAUGUCUUCAGCACAAGAAAAAUCUUUGAUCCAGCCUAAAAUAAUCUAAUCUAAAAGAGGCACAGAAUACAGAGUGUCUGCUCAACUCUCAUCUAUCAUCUCCAGUGACACUUCAAGCCACUUUCACAAACUCCAGCUGAUUCAAGGUGAAGUGUAAAAAACUCACUUUACAUUUGGAAGUGAACAGAUUGGACCUGUUACUACUAGAUGUUAUGUCAUUUAUUCUAAAGAAGUUCUGGAAAGAAGAGUGCACUGUAGCAGUUCUCCAAUCUGUUCUCCAUCUGCCCAAUUUUUUAAAAUUAUUCUUAAAGUGAUAAUUCAUCAAACAAAUUCAGACAUCCUUUACUUAAUCUCACACUUUUUCAAACCCAUAUGAAUUUCUUUAUUCAGUGGAAAACAAAAGCAAAUGUUAGGAACUAGCGAUCUCCUUAACAUUCACCAUGUCAUGAAAGUAAAUGCUAAUGACAAUUGUACUGAAGUCAUACAGGUUUGGAAUGACAUGAGGAUGAGUAAAUGAUUAACAGAAUUUUCAUUUAUGAUUGAACUAACUCAACUAACUUUUUUUUUUGAGCUGCAGUCUGUGAAGAAAACAAUAUAAUUUUCAGAGGUUAAGGGUCAACAUUGUACCAUUUCCGCCACAGAGGGCCAAUUCCUGAACACAGCCAACUGACGUUCUAAGAAUCUUUUAAUCAAAAUAUCAGUGUGGUUGAAGGAUUACAAAUACUGUUUUGCUUGCUGAUCUAGUCCCCAAUGACAAUCAAUCAGGUUUAAAAAUGUGAAGUCAAGGGCUAAUGUGAUGGGCAUUUUUGAAAAUCUCUUUUUUUACCCAGCAAUCCUCUGUCCUGUUGCCUUGGAUGUCACUCUGUCACCACCCACAGUGAACCCGAUCCUGACACCAUGUCCUGUCCACCGCACACAUACUGAACACUGAACUUCUCUUCAUGUCCAAAUGUAUUCCUCUUGCCACAUAAACAUACAGUCUUAAGAUCCAAGAGGAGACUUUCUGAGCGAGACUCAGCAUUCAGUUUAAGCUUUGGUGCAAUUUAUUAAAACCAUGUAGGCCCAGAAACAGGAUGUUUCUUGAAUCUGGUCCAGAGGUCUAAAGAAUUUAGGAGAAACCCCAAAGACACUUACCAGUGUAGUGCACACAUAUCCCUUUAAUAAGGAGACUGAAGACUGAGCCCCUGUUUUUAGUCACCAUUUAAUCUGUCAAAGACAGAAAAGGCCAUGGUGAUUUUAUACUUUUAAGUUUGUUUUCGUUAGAUGGGAAUUAUGGUCAAAAAAUAUUUUCAAAAGCAACACACUCACCUUUAUAAGCUACUCUAUUUGUACUCCGAAUGUUAGAGUCAGCCAAUCCAAAUGUGUUCAGAUUUUCAAUGUCUGUAUAGGUUGGCUUUACUCUUGUUUUUGCCCUGCAAUAGGUGGGAUUUUUUUAUUAUUAAUAGUAGUAUUUUUUUUAAUUAUUAUUUUUAGAAAUUGUGUCAUCUGGACACGUGUGUUCCAAACAAGACUAAACAAAUCAACUCUCUCUUGCUCUAGAUUUUGAAAUAUAGACUCCUAGCAGCUAGGCCAGUAGUAGAAUUUGAGAAUCUCAUCACCUUGGACACUUUAGAAUCCUAGCAGUUUGGCUAGACUUCAGAUUCUAAAAUCUCAACAACUUUGUUAAAGUUGGAAUUCUUGAAUACCAGCAGUUGGGAUUAGAUAACAACAUUCUAGAAUCCCAUCUGCAUGAUGGUUUUGAAUUUUAGAAUUCCAAUUGCAUUGUUAGAUGUAGAAUUCUAGAACCUCAGCACCUUGGCUUCCAAUACUAUAAUCUCUGCUGCUUGGCUAGAGUUCCAAUUCUAGAUUCCCAGCAGCUUGGCUACAUUUGGAAUUCUAUACUCCCAACUGCUAGGUUAGAUUUGCAAUUCUAUAACACCAGCAGCUAGACGAGUUCCCAUUCUUGAAUCCCAGCUGCUUGGCUACAUUCGGAUUUGUAGCAUCCUAGCUGCUUGGCUAAAGUUCAAAUUCUAUAAUCCUAGCAGCUAGGAUAGAGCUCAAUUUCUAGAAUCCCUGCUUCUUGGCUACAGAUGCAAUUCUAGAAUCCCUGCUGCCUGGCUAGAGUUGCAUUUCUAGAAACCUAGCAACUAGGCUGGAUUUAGAAUUCUCAAAUCCCAGCUGCUUGGCUAAAUUUUUAAUUCUAGAAUCCAAGCAUCUUGGUUUGGCUAGAUGAAGAAUUCUAGAAUUUCAACUGCUCUGCUGCUAUAUAUAUAAUUGUUGAUUCGCUUGAGUGGUGUCUAGAUGCUCUUGUCUUUCAAGCACAGGCUAUAAAAGCUCACAACUUUGCAGAGUUUGAAGAUGUGUUCUCUCAGACUACUUGCAUAGAAAUAUCAAGGAUACAAUGUGCAAAAUGAGAGCACAAUGCAUGUCUGCAUUUGAAACUGCCUCCUUUAAAAAAAAAAAAACUUUUCCAAUCACCUGUUGCUCUUUUCACUGGCUGUAUUCAUUUUGCAGAGCUAAGCUUCAUAGUGAGUUGGUAGCUCCCGCUUUUGCUGCUGCGAUGCUGCUUUUCAUCUGCUGCACUUUUUCUUUUGCCUUCCUUUCCAUCACCCUUUGUGAUAAAGACUACCACUUUUUUCUCUAUGGUUUGUCUGGUUUUGGUUUGUGUCUCAGAGCUUUUUUCGGCUGUUUUCUACUGUCCAAGGAGUUUGCAUGUUACUCGUGAGCUGAAUCGGUGCCUAUUGAUCGUAUCGUUUUUGAGCGACAUAGGAACCCACUUGCACUCUAAAAGUUCCCACCUUAGCUGUGCCUCACUUCCAAUGGUGCUUUCUUCUGUGUAAGGUAAUCUUUUUUUUUUUUUUUUUUUUUUAAUCCUCUUUUAUUUGUAAGGUGCUGUAAAUAAUGUUUUGUCUGGAUGCACAUAUCCUACCCAAUGGGUAGAAACCACAGAGAAAUGACAUUGUUAAUAAUGUAACAUAAUUUAAAGUUGAUAUAAAGAUUUUAACAUGGUGCGGUGGCAACGGAUUUGUAAAUGCCUACAGUGCAAAUGUUUUUUUUUUUUUGUGUGUGUGUGCAAAAGGAAAGUUAUCAGAAAGAUGUUUGAUUAUGAAAAUACUAAACUACAGAGCAUUUCUUUUUUUUUAUAAGUAACAUCACGCUACAGUAAGAAUGUUGCUUUUGACCCUGCCCCAACCACAAGAGGCACAUACACACAAAGGGAUUGUCAUUUGACAAGUUUGAUACUUAAUCAAAAAAUUACCAUAACCUUUUAAUUAUACAUUGGAAUCCAGUCUAUGGAAACUAACCAAUCAGUGCCAGACUUCCAAUCACAGACCGAAACACUGAGGGGUUGUGAUUACAGCCUUGCUGAAUUAAAACAAUUUGGAUUUCACCAGACUGUUUGAAAUGACAGUAUUAGUUUGAGUCCCAAUAAUGUACAUGGUUUUUCAUGCUACUCUGUGUUGUGCUUCCUGUCUUUGCAAAGUUUAAUAAUGAACCAAAUGAGAGAUAAGUAGUUUUAACAUUCGUAUUUUGUUAUAUAUUUGACAUUCUGUGUAUGUGGCGUAUAGGAGCAAAACAUUAUUUUAAUUGCAGAUAUUUAUGUGCUGGUGCUCCACUGUACAGUACCUUGUAUUCGCAUGUCUAUUGUAUACCUGAAGAUAAUGUACAUAGCAAUGGCAUUUUGGCUACAAGCACCUGACUAACAACAGUUGCGAAGUUUUGAGCAAUGUACCAAGAUGCUUAUCAAAGUGACAAAAAGCUUUUCAUUUUAUUCUCUGCACAAGUGCUGAGAAUUAACGGUUACAGAAAAGGUUCAUAAUUGUUGCACCCUGAUGCUUAUCAAGUGUAUGUGAAAACAGCUUCUGAGCCAUUCAGAACUAGAAACAAUUUCACAGACCUUUUAGAAAAACAAUUUGACUGAUGAUACUCUGUAUGUUCACAUACGUGGACAUUUUAGAUACACGUACAUAUUUACUACACUUUUAAAACAGUUGUGUUUUUUUUUUUUACCAUUGUGGGGUAGCUAGGUUUCAAGCAUAAGGUAUUUUAUUGCAAUUCUCGUUUUCAGAACAAAAGUAAUCAAACCAUGUUGCUCUAAUCACUGUUAUAGUCAAACACUUAUGCUUGUACUUCUGCUGUCAUCCAACUGCAGCUAAACUAAUAAACUAAAAACUAUC